CAGCAAGAAAAGAAAAAGUCGUCAAGGAAAACGCACCUCCAUUUCCCCUCGUUCGCCCAGCCCAGGUCCAUGACCGGGGUUGGUUUCUCCGCUUCCUAAGAUUCCUCUCCUUUUCCUGCACUGUUCCGCGUAAUGAUUUCCGCCCUACCGCGGAGGUCAACAACAGCGGCACCCAAUCUGGGGGGUUCGCCUUGAGGAGGAAGCGGAGGGAGAGUUGCCGCCGGCCGGGUGGAGAUUCCGCCACCGCCUGCGGCUGCUGACACAAGGCGGGGAUGUUCAAGCUGCACCGCCACCGGUCGUCGGACCGGGUCGGCGAGCGCUUCGACUUCAGGUUCUCAAACUUCCGCGCCGUCCAGGUUCCUGCAGUAUCAGAUAGGCUCUUCCUUUCAAUAGUCUCAGUGGAUACUGGAAAAACAAUCGCUAAGUCCAGUAAAGUAGCUUCUCGAAUUGGAAUAUGCCAAUGGCCUGACACCAUACUGGAACCAAUAUGGUUUUCCAAGGAUGAAGUCUCAAAAGAAUUUGAAGAGUGCCAGUACAAGAUUGUUGUUUCUGUGGGAUCAAUAAAAACUGGUAUCCUUGGGGAGAUUUUCCUAAAUCUGGCUAAUUUUCUCAAUUUAGUGGAUCCAACUGCUAUCUCUUUGCCACUGAAGAGAUGCAACUCUGGAACAGUUUUACAGCUUAAGGUUCAAUGUCUUGGCACAAAGUCUAAGUUGAGUGGUGUGAGAUCGUGGAAGGACAUGUCUCCUCAUCUUGAGGACCAUAGUCCAACCAACGAUGAUGUGGACAACAGGUCAGAUGGCUCUGAUAACAUGUUCAACAGAGGUGUUCGUUCUUCAUCAGAAAAUCAUUUAGCCGGAACUACUUAUCAGGAUGAACCUGGAAACCGGGAAACGAGUUUCUCAGCGUCAGGGUCCCACCGGAGUUCUAAUUCUGGAGAUAGUACUGUGGAUAGAACAAACUUCUCUCCUAGAGACAACCCUAAUGGAGGAGUUUAUGUGGGAAGGCAGGAUUCUGCUAGUUCCUACGUUAGUUAUGUUAGUGCUGGCCGCGGUGAUGAUGGAUUUAGAUCCAACAAUUCAUCUUUCAGUUCUCGGGCUUCAGGUCUAAAUGUGCUGCAAGGGAGUACUCCAAAAGCGUUUGCAAAUGGCCUUGGUCAGUUAUCGAUAGGGGCAUCUGAGUCAUCUAAAGAUCUUCUUGAAGCUGCUGAAGAAACAAUCGAGGAACUCCGUGAUGAGGCAAAAAUGUGGGAACGACAUUCUCGCAAGUUGAAGGCUGAUCUAGAGAUGCUGAAGAAGGAAUGUUCUGAGAAAUCAAAGCAACAGGCUGAGCUAGCAGUUGAACUGUCUGCUGCACAAGCUGAACGGGACUCCUAUAGGCAUGAAAUUGAAGAAUUGAAGUCAUCCCUACAAGAUAUAAACACACGACAAACAAUUACAGGAACCUCUAAACGCACAGACUGGAUAGACGUGCAGAAGGAACUUGAAGAUGAGGUGAAAUUUCUGAAAGAAUCAAAUGCAAACUUAACCGUACAACUAAACAAGACUCAAGAGGCAAAUAUAGAGCUUGUUUCUAUUCUUCAGGAACUGGAGGAGACCAUAGAAGAACAGAGAGUAGAAAUAUCUAAGAGUUCUAAGGUCAAGGAGAUUGAUGAUCCUGAAAAUGGAUUUUUAGGCAAAGAAGACACAUUGUGGACUAGGAAACUGUCAGUGAAAGAGGAUGAAAUCACAAUGCUGAGGGAGAAAUUGGAUCGUGUUCUUAACAUUGAAAAUGCAGGUGGUGCAGGUUCCAAUGGUGUUUAUCUUGAAUUAGAGAAAGAAAAUGAAAUGUUAAGGGCUAAAAUACAAGAGCUUGAGAAGGACUGUUCUGAACUAACAGAUGAAAAUUUGGAGCUUAUAUAUAAGCUGAAAGAAAGUGGGCUGCCAAAAGGGCAGGUUCCUCGUAUUUCGAACAACAAUGAGCUGCAAUUUAAAAAACUUACAUCACGGAUACAUCAACUGGAGGAGGAACUUAGGAAAAAGGAAAUGUUACAAAAUGGCAGUUUCGCUGAGGCAUCAAUGUCUAAUGCAGAUGAAUUACAGAGAAAAUGUGCUGACCUUGAGCUGAAGCUGCUAAAUUUUAGGUCUCAAACCUGUGAGCUAGAAGAAAAGUUCCGCAAGAGCCAAGAAGAUCUGGCACAAAGAAAUUUUGAGUUAGCUGAGCUGAGAAAGAAGAUUGACAGUUUCCAUCCUACAGAACUGGAAGUUGGCGAAUCUGGUGAUACAAGAAAGUACCAAUAUAGAAGAGCAGAUCUAGAGGAUACUGAACCUGAGACAGAUGUGCUGAAGGCUAGGUUUGAACUACAACAACAGGAAAAUGAUAACCUGCGACGUUCCAAAGUUGAAAUGGAAAAUUUUAUUUCUGAAAUUCAGGCAGAGAAGAAUCAACUUGAGGAACGCCUGUCCGCGUCACUUAAAGAAAGCAUCAUCACUUCUAAAUGCUUGGAUGAAGUGCGGCAAGAUAUCCUUGUGCUUUCCACCAGUAUAGAUGCCCAUGUUUCGGCCAAUAAGGUUCUUGAGAAAAAGAUAAUUGAGCUAGAGAGCUGCAAAUCUGAACUAGAGUUGCAUAUAUCGGAGCUGGAACAGGAAAACAUAGAGUUGUCGGAACGGAUAUCGGGACUGGAAGCUCAAUUGACUUACCUGACAAAUGAAAAGGAGUCCAGCGAGCUGCAGAUGCAUGACUCCAGAUCACUUAUCAUCAAUCUCAAAGAUAAAGUAGAGCGGCAGCAAUCCGAGAUGGAAACUCAAAGGCUUGAAUUUAAGCAGAAACAACAAGAAGCUCAAAGAAGAUUGUCAGAAGCACAGGAUGAUUCUGAAGUUCUGAGAAGAUCUAAUUCUAAACUACAGUCUACGAUUGAGAGCCUUAUUGAAGAGUGCAGUUCUCUUCAGAAUCUAACUGCUGAUCUGAAGAAGCAGAAGUUGGAAUUGCAUGGUCAUCUUACGCAAAAAGAGCAGGAACUGGACGAGUCGAAAAAAAGGAACUUUGAUUUUAGUAAAACAGUGGAAUUCCUUGAGGCAAAGUUUUCUUCACUACAGAAGGAGUUUUCUUCUAAAGAGCAAUCUUUAUUGUCAGAACUGGAGAGUAUAUUCCAGGAGCACAUGGAACAAGAAGAAAGAAUAAAUCACGCACAUUUCUUGCUAAAUAAGAUCAAGAAUGAAAAGACUCUUGAAGUAGAGAAUCUUGAGAGGCAGGUCAUCAGCCUCACUGCACAUGUCCCCUCCACACACGAGGAGCAAGAAAAUGCCACACUGGAUGCUAUUCGAGAGGUAUCUGUCCUGCGAGCAGACAAGGCUAAACUUGAGUCCAAUCUCCAAGAUGUCAGUGCGCAAUUGAGACAUUAUGAGUCUCAAUUGGAAGAGCUUCGUAAGGAGUCUAAAAGUAAAAUUAAAGGGUUGGUUGAUUCCCUUAAUGCCUCCAAACAGAGUGAGGAGAUGUUGACAGCAGAUGCUGAACAUAUGAAAAAGUUGAUGGAAGCUGCUAAAUCUAACGAAGAUAUGUUAAGGAAGACUUCUAAUGAACUAGAAUUGAAGCUUAAAUCCAGUGAUUAUGAGAAGCAGCAAAUGCUGGAAGAAGUAUCUGGUCUGAAACUGCAGGUCCAGAAAAUAAUGAAUCUUCAAGAUGAAGUUUUCAAACUUCAGAGUUCUCUUGAUGAGUCUAAGUUCGAAAAAGGAAAAUUGGAGGAGCUUCUGCGUUCGAUGACUGAGGAAUGCGAAGAACUAAAAGCACAGAAGGCUAUGCUAACAGAUAAAAUUUCCGACAUGCAGGAGACUUUGAAAAAUGGUGAAGAAGAAAGACGAAGCAGAAUAGCUAUGCAGGCAAAGCUCGUGAGGUUGGAGAGUAAUCUAUCAGCAUCGGAAGCAUCACAUGUACAUGAAGCAGAACUAAAGAACGAACUUAGUAGGAUCAAGAGAUCAAAUAGCGAGUACCAGAGGAAGAUACAAUCUCUCGAGCAGGAAAAUGAGGAUCUUACCAGGAGAAUUCAACUUAUGGAAAUGGGGUUCGAGCAAAUGUCCCACAUUAAAGAAGAGAACCUUGGAAAGCAGGAGAUUGGAGGAGGUGAUCAGGCAGCCAUUGAGUCAAAAAUUCAAUUACUGGAAACUAAGCUUGCAGAAGCAUUGGAGGAAAAUAAGAUGUACAGGGCUCAACAAAAAAGUCCUAUGCCCGAGGGUCAAUCUGCUGGUGGAGAUGUCAAGGAGGGUAAUGCCAACAGGAUUUUGCAACUUGAAGGGGAACUAAGAGAUAUGAAGGAACGGUUACUCAACAUGAGCUUGCAGUAUGCAGAGGUAGAGGCUCAGAGGGAACGAUUAGUGAUGGAGCUUAAAGCUGCCAAAAAAGGAGGGCGAUGGUUUUAGCGUGAUGCAGAGCUAUUGCCUGCCAUACACAUGAGACUGACAACACAGUACUGCGUGUGUGUUCUCACCACACUGGUUGCGCCCAAUUAUGAGUGAUAAUUUGGACGUAUCCGCCAACAUUGAUCCCAUCAUGUACUUUGAUGCUCAGACACCUCUUUUCAUCCUGGUUGUUACUGCUAGUCUUACAAACUUUCUGGUUUAGCAGAUGGACAUCAUCAAGCCCUGUUAUUUCUGUGCGCUGGCAAUAUGACAUGCAUGCCAGAUUAUCAUGUGAGAACAUCAAGUGCAGAGCCGGACCAAGACACUGAACUUGCUAGCUGGUGCUGGAGGAUGCACACCAAGACACUGAUGCGGUAAACUGUGAGCCUGUGACCCCACACACCGAGCCUCAAUAUGAUGAUCCCAUUUUAACCAAUUGAUAGUUAUUUGUAAUGUCAUGCCUUUUUAUCUGGUACUAGUGCAUAAACCUGUGCGACUGCACAGGCUAAAAAUUUAGCUUACGGUUGAAUUGUAGAUAUUUAUAUUAAUAAUGGUUGUAUGCUAAGAUACAUUAACUAUUUAUAUUUAAAUAUUAGAAUGCAAAAUAUAAAUGUAAUUUUUGUUCAUAAUAUUGGAAUCAUGUUUAUUAUUUGUGAAUAGAUCUAAUUUAUAAUUUUCA